AUGCUGCUUUCCAUGACUUUUUGUGGUACCUAUGUAUGCUUUUUUAAGAUCGAAAUAAGAGCAAUGGGUUUGAUCAAUCGUCGUCGUUAUUGGUACGUUGUUGACAACGUUUCGCCUUAUUUUUACUGGUACAAGGAUCAUGAUUCGCUCAAAUGUGAUGGACGUAUACCAUUAGCAUGCAUGGCGUUGACUUAUGACCCGCGUGAGACCGGACGGUUUCACAUACUGUCUGGUAACGACAAUUUCUUACUGGAGUGUUCUUCUAAUCGUGUUCGUGAUGAGUGGAUGCAAGUUCUGCAGGCGGCACGCCUAAGAAGUGUCAGAGGAUUGAAGGAGGAUGGCGUUGUUCACGGCAUCAUUUCGAUGUCGUCUGAGACUCCACCACUGACGAGUGCUCCAUCAACCUCGCAGUCUGCUCAAAACCUUAUCGAAGAACUGCUUGGACCCGUCGGGGAUGACAGCUCAUCAACACUGAGUGGAGAUGAACGAGCUAGAGGAGAUAGCGAAUUGAAUGGUGUUGAUAUCAAAAAGGAUGACACUGAAACUCCUCUUGCCACUCCAAAUUCUACAUUUUAUCUAACCACAAAUGGAGAACUAAACGAGCACAGCAUGGCAAUGCCGAAGCCUGUGGUGUCACCGGAAGCCGUAAUAGGCCGCAUUCUGGAGAAGACAAAUGAGCAUCUGGUGGCGCCCAAGCGGGCGCUUGAAGGGGUCAGGCGAAGUAUACGCCUAAAAAAGGACUGCGAAGUAUGCAAGCAGGUAUAG